GUCAUUUCGCCUCAGGCCAAGGAUCGUAUUUGUACCCUGAUUCAGUCUGGUGUAGAUGAGGGUGCCAAUCUGCUGCUUGAUGGACGCGAGAUAUCUGUACCUGGAUACGAGAAAGGAAACUUUGUUGGUCCAACCAUCCUAACUGAUGUAAAGCCUAACAUGGAAUGCUACAAGGAAGAAAUCUUUGGACCUGUUCUAUGUGUGUUGACGGUUGACAGUUUUGAUGAAGCAGUUGAUUUGAUCAAUGAUAACCCAUACGGCAAUGGAACCGCUAUCUUUACUACAAACGGCGCGACAGCAAGAAGAUACACAGAGAAAAUUGAUGUUGGACAAGUAAGCACAUUAUAAU